CAUGGCUCGCGUGCCGUUUGCCCGGAAAAUUGGCCCUUAUUUUGUAAAGCCAUGGCAUCUGAACAAGAUCUUACAUCGUCAAACUCGCCAUAAUGUCCCUUGCAAUUGUUAUGACGAAGCUCAAGGUCGCCAUCAUCGGAGCAGGCCCGAGUGGUCUCGCUGCUCUCCGCGUAAGACUUCCUUCCCUUCAGCUAAACUCAUACACCAGGCACUUCGGCAGGAAGGCUGCUUCAAUCUUCGGGUAUAUGAGCGCCGGUCGCAUUGCGGUGGUGUCUGGAUCCAUGACCCUCAGCCUGCGAGACGGAAACCUUCGAAAAUCCCAGCGACGGACCCGACACAUGUCGACGCGCCAACGUGUGAUGGCUGGCCAUCGCCCAUGUAUAAUGCGCUUGUCACAAAUAUCCCAGCACGACUCAUGGCGUAUGGUGAUAGACCAUUUCCUGAGCAAACGCCGAUGUAUCCUACGAGGCAGACUGUCUUGUCGUAUCUGGAAGAUUUUGCAAAACAGCAUGACCUCAUGCGCGAUAUUCAAUUUGAUACGCAAGUUUUGUCGUUGAAGAAGAGCGGUCAUGGUUGGCGACUUGCGACUCAGCAUGCAGGGGAGAUCAAGGAGGAGACAUUUGAUCGUGUCAUUGUUGCUUCAGGGCAUUACGAGACGCCAUUACUGCCCGAUAUUGAAGGGAUUGUUGCAUUCGACAAGAAGUACCCGGAAGCGAUUGGACAUUCCAAAUAUUAUCGCUCGCCAGAAUCAUUUGCCGGACUCAAGGUUGUUGUGAUUGGUAAUGGUCCUUCCGGCAUUGAUAUCGUCUCUCAGCUGGCUCAGGCGCCUGGUGCGCAAUUGCCCAUACUCAGAAGUAUCAGAUCGCCGUCCAAAAUACCAGCUGGUGCUGUUCAAGUACAAGAUGUCGCAGAAAUUGCAUCUUUCAAUGCAGAAGAUUGCUCUCUCUUCCUCAAAGACGGCUCACGCAUCACAAACGUUGAUCGGGUCUUGUUUUGCACAGGUUAUCUCUAUGCAUUCCCAUUUCUCGAUCCGCGCCUUGGCAUCGUGACGGAUGGUCUACGGCUACGGAAUCUCUACAAACAAAUCUUUUACCAGGAUGAUCCAUCGCUCGCCUUUUUAGGUAUGGAAAUGUCGAUAGUGCCGUUCCCGUACAGUGAGGCUCAAGCUUGCUACAUUGCCCGCAUAUGGUCUGACCGCUUGACUCUUCCGCCGCUAUCAGAAAUGCAAGCCGACGAAGCGUCGCGUGUGGCAGUCAAGGGCGAUGGCAGGGCUUUCAUGGUACGCGCACAUCCAGAGGAUGGUGAGUACAUUGAUGAACUACGAGAGUUGUGUGCAGAAGCGACACCCGUGAUAGAAGGUGCAUUGAUGCCUGUCCAGUGGACUGGCGAGCGCUUCGCAUUGCGAGCGCAGGGCCCUGCUUUGCGGCGCGCGUGGUUGGAUGGUAAGGUUUGACUGUUCCUAUCGUCUUGGACAUUGUGGAAAAGCGACGUUUGCUACGUCAAUUUGCUAAACUGGAUACUUGCCUGAACGGUGCAGAGUGUAGGCUAGACUGCUGCCGCUGGGCAUAUACACAUGCACAUGUAAAUAUACGAUGUCGAGGUUGCAGACAGGGGCGACAAACUACACCAGGCUGCUCAGCAUGCGGCCGGUGGCAAGAAAAGGUGAUCUCCAUUUAGCCGCGAGUCAACCCCGGAGAACGAACGUCAUGGAAGCGACUUGAAGUCAAGCCAGUGGUGCAGGCUUCGUUCUGCGAAUAGAUGCACGGCUCCAAAGCAUCGUAGACUGCCGAAGUACAAGAUGAAUAGCUGCACAGGUACUGGCCAGU